AAUACUGCAGUCGGGCACAUCUCUAAAACGAAACCGAAUAAUAAUUUUUUAGCAAUUAGCAAAAUGAUGGCCAGCAAGCAAUUGGUAAACAAUUUAAGCAAAGUGGCACGCUGCAGCGAGCAGCUGCUUAAACCAUUGGCCGCAGUGCGCUGCUCCAGCACACGCAGCGACAUUGAGAAAGUCACACACACUGGCCAGGUGUUCGAUAAGGAUGAUUAUCGCAAUGCACGCUUCGUCAAUGCCAAACGCUAUGUCAACGAGAACUGGGGCAUCAAGCUGAUCGACGAGGUGGCGCCCACAGUGACCACCGAACGUGUCGUCGCCUGCGACGGCGGCAACGGACCCUUGGGACACCCCAAAGUCUACAUCAAUCUGGACAAGCCUGGCAAUCACACUUGCGGCUACUGCGGCCUGCGCUUCGUGAAGAAGGACGAGCAUCAUUAAAUUGAUAUAGUUCAAGAUUCGAAGAUUGUUAGUUGGAUGUACUAUAUAAAUAAAAAACCUAAUAGCUACUGAA